GUCAAUCAGCUGAUAGCGGGAUGGCGGGAAAUACUUAUCUCUAGGAUCCACUUGAAUUUUUGGUAUAUAAGGCCGGGAUGGUUCUAGAAAAUUUGUCUCUCAAGUCAUUAGGGCUUCUAGAAUUUGAUUACUGUGAGGUACCAAGUAAUCAAUCAAACAAAGUCUUAAAAAUGGGCCCCAUGCAUCUCAUGGUUUUCUUCUUACUCGGUCUUUUCCAUUCCUCUUUGGCAAAGGCUUGCUUAGGUUGUUCCACUAAUGGUGAAGUAAAUGACCCUGCUGCCUUUCAAUAUAUUAGCAACAAACUUCAAAAUGUUGCUCCAAAAGGUAUGGAAAAUGAGGAACAAGCCGUUCUUGUACGAAUCAAGGAAUUGAAAAAACAGGUUGUUGAAGGCAUGAUUUACACUUAUGGAUUUGAAGCUAAAGGUUUGAAAUCUAACUCACUUUAUGAGUGUAAAUUAGUUGUUUUGCUAAAAGAAUGGAUGGGAGUGGAAGAAGUUGAGGAAUACAAUUGCAAAUUUGUUUCUUCAAACAAACAAAAAAGAUCACUUCCUGGUUCAGAAUUUGUGAUUGAUGCUGAAAGCAACUCUGACCUACAAGAGCUUAAGUCAUUUAUUGGUACUGAAGUUGGAAAAAAAUUAAAUUCUAAAUAUUUGAUGAAAGUUGUUAGAUUUUUCAAAGCUAGUGAGCAGAUUGUUGAAGGUUCUUUAUAUAGAGCUACUAUAGAAGUUGCAAAAACCAACUGUCUUGAAAAUAGCCAAUCAGAUUCCGAUGAAUGCCAAAUCCAACAAGAGGAUCGCCACAUAUGUGAUGUUCAAGUGUGGUACAGACCAUGGCUGAAUAAGAAAGAAGUGGAUGAAGUCCAUUGCAGGCCACAGCCUGAGUUCUGUGCUGGCUGCCCAGUUGAAACAAAUCCUGGUGAUGUCACUGCCCAACAGUGUUUGAAAAGAGCCCUAAGUAAUUUGAAUGCAAGAUCCAAUCCCAGUAAACAGCUAUCUUUACUUAGGAUCAAAAAAGCUACUUCUCAAGUAGUUGCAGGUAUCAAGUAUACUUUCGAUUUUGAUGCUAGCAAUGAGAACUUGAAAACAAGCUACUCGUGUAAGGCAGUCAUCAUCUCACAGCCAUGGAUUUCAGAAGAUCCUGCUGUAACAGAAUUCAAUUGUGCUCCCAACUCAAAACAAUAGCUGGACUCGAGGCACAAAUAUUAUAGUGAGACCCAUGAGAUCUAUAAGGACCCAACAAAAAGGUACCUCAGUUGGGGAAAAUUGACAUUUCAACAUCUUAACUCUUAUAACAUUAACUGUUCAAACAGAGAGUCAAUAAAUAUCCUUAGUUUCUCCUGA